ACAUUCAAAUAGAAAACAAGUAAAAAAAACAGCAAAAACAACAACUUCUACUACUAUUAUUACUAAAAAUGAUAUAAAAGAAAUCACGUCCUAUUGGAGCAACGAUAACGAUAAAAGUAUAGUUUAUAUGUUCUAUAUACCUUGUACAUUAUUGAGUAUGAUUAUUGCGACUAUUAUUGAUAUAAAUGUAAGGAACGUUUAACAAAAAAAAAAACAAACAAAUUGCAACAACAACAAAACCCAUGGGCAGUGGAGAUGACGGUAGUGUUUGUCACAGCACGAGCACGAUUUAGAAGAAGAGUAAAGUAGAUUAAAAAAAAAGAGAAAAAAAAUAAUCGGCAAUUACACACAACUGGGGAGCAGAAUUUUGCAACAUUGUAACGGUGAUCUCUCACACUUUUUUGUUCACCUUUCGUUCAUUUGUUUUUUUUUUGUAUUAUCUCGUUUGCAGCUUCUCUUUUUCGUAUAUGUUGUUCAUUAAUGUGAACUCUAAGUAUUUUCUAAGCUCCUCUUAGUACUUUCUCCUUUGUUACUCAUUCAUGACAAGCCUGUAAGCAACCCCAGGAGAAUGAAAUCUCAGUUUACAGUUUAUUGUAAGGAAAACAAAUUGUUGUUAAAAAUUUAAUUCUCCUCUUCGUUUUCUACGUAUUGUUUUUUGUUGGUUUAUUUCUUUGCGCAUUAGCAGAGGUUUUGUUUGUUCGGUGUUCAUGAACUAUCCUUUUCACAUUAAUAAGUUUGUUUUUGAUCUUUGAUUCAUUCGACGUGUUGUAUGUAUUAUGUUGUAUAAACCGUUCCGAAUGCUGCUGUGACGCAAAUUGAAACACUUUUAACCUACACAACACACACACACCUAAGAGCCCAUAACAAGAAGGCAAAAUAAAAGCAAGAAAAAAUCUUCAAAGGUUUGAAUGAAAUUGUCAACAUGCAGCGACAUCUUCCGCAAAUAUGAGAAAUUUGUUACUUCUUUUUUAUUACACCCUCUUCUUGCGUUAGAAAUUGUAGAAGUGAUUCAUAAUCUGAAACUCACUAUAAGGGGAAGGGAAAAAUGAGGGACAAGUGUUUAUCAAACUUGUAAAAUCAUAAGUAAAACAUUUGAUUAACGAAACGAAAAGUGACAGUGAAACAAAGGAAUAAAGAAGUAAAGUCUACAAGAAAUUGAGCAACAAAAAGGAAACGCAUACACAUACUGUCCACACAUUGCAGGCAUCGCUAUUAUGGCAAUGCUUCUUUUCCGCAGCUGUUUUCCUUCUACCGGGUGGUGUGGGACAUCCUUUUAUCCUCCUAUCAGCAUAUCGCAGUUUUGCCUGUUUCCUCUUCUAAUUGAUUUGUUUUCAGCUUUUAUUCUUUCCAUUUUUUUAUUAUCAUAAUUUUGCCGUUUUUUUGUUAUUGUGUUUUUCAGCUUGCAGUUCAUAUAAACAUGUUUAUUUUUCUCACCUUUCGUAAGGCCGUUUAUAAAAAAAAUUGUGACCAAAACAAUCGAUUUUCGCUUUGAAAGAAACCGAAUUGCUUCGCGCCUCGCUUCGCCACAUCAGCAAAAGACAAAUUGCUUGUAAAAACCGAAUGUUCCGAAACAAUCAAACCGAUUCCCAAUCGCAGCCAAUUCCCGGCACGCAAGGUGCAGGGGUUUUUGCUUUUUUGCCUCAUUUUAAGAAGCGUAACAUCCUUGAUGGAUUUUCUUUCGUUGUUUCAUGUUUCAAAUGGCAACCAAAUGUUUGAACGAGCAUCGAGUAGAAAACCAAAAUACAAAAUUUAGCAAGAAGUAUGCAAGUGUGAGCAUGUGUUUGUGUGAGUGUAUGUGUGUGUGUGUGAGAGAGAGAGAGAGACAUAGUGAGAACAAAAGUGAGCGCGAGAUGGCACACGUGGAUUGGAAUCAAAUAUGAUUUGUCUGAAGACUGAUUGAAGGAGAAUUUUAUGAAAAUUACUCCGAAGUAAAACGAAUACACAAACGUUGCAAACCAAGGUGCAAGGAAACGAAAACAAUACCCUCGCGUAAGGGAGGAUUGGAAAGAACCGGAAGCAGAGUAGGGAAAAGUAUUUUAUAUUUCCUUUUUUAAUUUUCCAAACAAUCGUGAUAAGACAAAACAAAAAAGAAAUUGAAUGUUAAUAGUUUUUCGUUCGAGUGGGAACAUAUCUUUCAGCAAAUAAAAAAAGGAUAAGAAAAGAAGGACAAGAUCAAGCAGAAAUGGGCGACAACGAAAACGGAUGGAAGUAAAAUUCGCGUUAAACGUGACAUAGGUAUUUCUUCUCUUAUUAUCAGUUUCAUAAAUGUAUUUGUUUGUAUUUAUUUAAAAACCCUUUUUUAUAUACUCGUUUUGUUGUUUAUUUUAAAACUCAUACCUUCUUAUUUCCCAUUUAAAAGAAAAAAAUAUCCUUCUUCCUAAAGGGAAAACAAAAAAACCUCACACAAGUGUCCCCAGAAGCAUGGUUGUGGGCCCGGUAUGAACAGCACAGCAUCCCCAAAAAAAAACAUCAUAAAAAGAGGAAGAACAAAAAACAUAAAAAAACAGAAGAUAAAUCUGAAGGUAGAUGGAAAACGAAUGGAGCAUGAAAAGGUAAAUGGAAAAAAAUAUUUUUAGAUAGCUAGGAGAUACAUUUUUAUUAUUAUUACUAAUUAACUAAAGGUAUGAAACAAGUAACAAUAUCGUGAAGCAUGUUCGCCCUAGGUCGUAUAUGUGCACGAACGUAGAGAAAGAGCAUGGUGGCGGAAGAGGAACAAAAACUAACCUGAUAUAUUAGCCCCUCAAGCACACGGUGACAACGGAAUGAAAUACACAUUCACACAAAUAUUUUAAGAACUAAUGACAGAUAAAGGAAUUACUGACAGAUCCCUCCCAAGUAAAAGGGGGUACACAUUGUGACAUACACUAUUGUUACCCGUGUAAGGAAAACUAUUCUAACUUAUACACAGAUACAAACUCACUAACAAUAAAAUUUGAAAAUACAAAAACACCACACAGACACACUUACACAACCAAACAAAAAAUGUUAAAGUAUUUAAAAGAAAACCCAAUAAACACUUACUCUCACUCACUCAACGAAAUCACCACAACUAGAAAACAAGAAAAAAAACGAACAAAAAAAAAUAACAGUUGCAUAAUAAAGAUAUGAAAGGAUUUACCGAAACCUCUAACGUUUGUUCUAAUUUCGAUUUUGGUUUUGUCUUUUCUUCGUUCUUUUUAACCCCACAAAUGUCCAAUUAAAAGCUUUCGUGUAACUAAUAUCUUCUAACAUAGUUUCGUUCCGUAAACCAUCCACUAACAAGAAACCCAAAGCACACAAAUAAAGCAGCAAAUACUGUGAUAUAUUUAAAGUGACACAAAACAAAUGAAAAUACAGCGCAAAUAUUCACAAACACUCACACAUACACGCAAUCACAAAUAAAACAGAAAAAAGGAAAAUCCGUACCAUUACUACGAUAGAACGGUGAGCAGAGUGAUAUAAGGUUUUAAGUUGCGUUGUAUUUUUCUGUUUGAAUAGCAACAAAAACAUAUACUGGUUUUCUUUUCUACAUACGAUAGGCAGUGUAACGCUUCACUUGCAAGUCUUUUCUAUGGGUUUGGUGAUUGUGAAAAUGUUUUAUAAACUUUUUUUUGUGGUAUUAAAGUUUUGAGAAAUUUUUAAACAAAAAAAAACCAUAGAGUGAAAUCGAAACACACACAUGCAGACGUUUAUUUGUAAAUAGGGAUGAAGUGAAGGCACAUCACAAAAAUACACAUACAACUAACGCUACAUCCAUUACACCGUGAAGAUCCGUGAAUGGAUGAAUCUCGAACUAAUGUUAGCGAUGAAUGCAGUGUGACAUUUACCGAAUCAACCAAUAUUCUAAUCAAUCAACUAAAUUGAAAAGGGGAUAAACCGCUAUCGGUUGGCUCUUGUUCAGCAACAUGGUCCCCGUUGUCAGUAGCAGAAACGUGAAAUACGUGGUAAGAUUUUUAGUAACAGCAGUUUAUUACCAAACUCUUUACAAACACACCGUCGUAUGGCGAUAGUGGUUUAGAAUAUUGACGUGUGCAUGUAGGUUUAAAUAAUUAUAACUACCACAAAACCAACAAUCUCCAAACACACACACACUCACACACACACAUGCAAACACUCACGUGACAGAUAGACAAAACAGAAACUUUAUUAACAUCAGUGGUCUAACCGACAUACUCUAUGUAAUAAUUAUAUUACAAUAUACAAUUAUAAAUAAUAUUCAUUGAAACGUGUGUAAGUGAUGCAAUGAAAUAGUGUUUUCGGCGGUAGAAAGAAAUAAAAGAAAGCAUAUAAGGAUGAGUGAACACAAGCGGUCAAGACUCCUUUACUUAGUCUUUGCAACAAUAUUAGUAUAUGCAAAGAAGAAAUGCGAAACAACAGUCCAAGGUAGUAAAUACACGAAAGAUGUUUGACAGGAGAAUUACAACGAAGCGGACUAGUUAAGAGACAAAGCGGAAGCGAAUAAAAAUUUGACGAAAGCGUAAGCAAAACAAGAAAAGUAAACGAAAAGCACACGAAAAACAAAGCAACAACACCACUUACAUCGAACAGGAAACACGAACACGAAAAUAGAAAGAAACAGAAAGAGGAAGAGCGAGUGAAAGGAUGUAAUGAAAUACAAAACGAAAUGAUGCUAAGACAAAACACCGAAGCGGAAUACAGUACACGUGUGCAUUCAUCACUUUGUCUGUGAUAGUUCUAAAGAAAAUUUUUUAAACCGUAACUAGAUCAAGUAUAUGGUAUUAGAUGACGUGUGUCAGUUCCAAUUUCACACUACUCCGUACUUGGAAAGGAAAGUAAUCACAAAAAGAAAAGAAAAAACAAACGAAAAAAACAAAACAAUUCAAAAACACGUAUAUGACGGGGCUCGAAUUGAUGAAUGCGUUCAUUCUCUCACACAGUAAAAGCAGCUGAUGGAAGAAAUUGGAAAGAAAAACUGCAGUGAAACUGAAUAGAACAAAACAAUGAACACACAACACAACAAUGUUUGCAUAACAGUUACAUUAAGUGUCCACUAAAAUGAUAAAAGCUGAAAAACCACCGUUAAUGAGUGAUGCAAACGGGACAAAAAGAAGAAAACGACGGGGAAAAAAUAUUGAAAUCGAACAAUUGUGUAACAAUACAGCUGUAGGUGAGUAAUAAUUUCCAAACUAUAGUAGCAACGUGACCUAACUAAUACAAAACAAAACAAACAAAAAACACUGAAUAAAAUGGUAUUUGGAUAUGAUGGGAAACUAAAACCAUAAAAGGUACAGUAGACAAAACAUCCCAUAAUCGCUAAUGGAAAGCGAUCAAUCACAAAGUGGAUGUAGGCGAACGGGGAAAGCAGAAAGUGACGAACGAAGAGGAAAAAUAAUUACAAAAGUAAUAAAAUAAUGUUAAAAAUAAAUUGUUGUUGAUAAAAAGUAAACUAAUUGAUAAUGGAUGAUAAGUAGGGGAAGAAACACAAAACAAAAGCAUCACUUUUAUUAAUGAAUAAAACCAAACGGCUGACGGUGCAGCAUGCAAACCGGUCAUGUAAAACACUUAAAAUAAAUAAGAAACAAAAAAACAAAGAAACACACACACACAGACGCAAACAUACAAAAACAAACACUUAUAUUAGUUGUGUAGUAAUUCCUUACUGUUAAGGUAAUUAUGAAACUAUAUUAUCAAAUCUCGUCGUACGGAAUGAAGAGAGAAACGAGUUGAAAAGUGAUGUAAUAGUAGAAGAGUAGAAGCAGUUGAGUACCCACAAUGCAAGAAGUUGCAGAAUUCGGUAUGCAAAUACAGAAACCAACACAACACACACGACAAAGAUGAAAUGAUAGUACAGAAAAUGAAGUGAAUAACACAUACAGACACGUUUUCCAGUGCCCUCUUGUAAGCGUGAGUAGCAUAGUGAAGUCGUAAGAUUUAUCUUUUAACAACUUUGGUUCACUCUUUCCUACAUUAUACACCAUUUUGUUGUUUCCUACAUGUUUUUGAAAGGAAUUCGUCUCGUUUAUAUUGCAUACUAUUUUUUUUAUCAACAAUGUUUAUAGUAACAAAAAAUAAAACUAAAUACUAUUAGUAACCAUACAGCAAGGUACAACAGUGGUUGCGUUUUUGUAAACUCUACUUUUUCAACUAAAUAGAACAAACAAAAAAUCACAAUAAAAGCAAACAAAUCGGGUCAACAAAAGAAAACAAUUCAAUAAGAGAAAACAAAAAACAGAAGAAAAAUAGUAACGAAUAAUUAUACAAAACCAAACCGAGUAAGUAAGUCAACAACUUGCUUGACAAGUAUGAAUAAAAUAAUACACAAACUUUACCACACUAAACCACACUAAAACCAAAACACAUGACAUUACCUAUCGAAUAAAGAAAACAACCACAAAAAAUAUACAAAUCAAGGAAAAAGGCGGAAAAAAACAAAUAGUUAAUGCAGUAAGAGCGGGAAGCAAAUCUCGCAACGCAACGGUAGCAUUCAGCAUCAGACAACGAUGGAAGACGAGUGUUCAUAAAACUGCAAACACAAAAACAAAAAGAAACAUAUGAAAAUGCAAACGGUCUAUGCGAAAUUUGCGUCCGAUUGUACGAGAGCGUGUGUAUGUGUGUGUGUUCAUCAAUGGCCACCCAUAAAUGGUCGUUUCUGGAAGACAAAGCGGAUGCACCACAGAGUGAAACGAAAGUGGUUUAGGGAGAUCAAAGAAGGUUGAAUGAAGCUGGAAUGCAAUGGAAUGGAGGGAAUGGGAAUGUAAAACUGAUUUAUGUACUAAAAUUAUUUUCAAAAUAAAAACAUUUCAAUUCAAAUUUAAAAAUAAAACAA